AUAGUAUAACAAAUAACAACACAGCAAUAUGGACGCAUACACGAUACCUAAGGCAGUAAUCAUCUUAAGUGGCAAGAGAAAAUCUGGAAAAGAUUACAUUAGUGACCUAAUUCUUCACAGGUAAACCGUUAGCGUUUUAAAAUUAUGGAUGUAGAGUGAACAAGUUUUUUGUUAGUCGGCUUACUAAAUUAUGACGAUAAUGAGGCCUACGUCUCACUCUCUUACACUUGAUUUGGUCGGAUAAACCGUACUGUACUUGUACUUAGUCUUAGUUUUUAGUCUUAGUGACUUAGGCCUACACUCUUACACUUCAAUCAUUUACAGUAUCUGUAUUGAAUUAUGGCGUCACAUUCCUACAAUUAGGGAUGUGUGCACUGUUGUUAUGGACAACAUCGCAUGUCAUGACUUUAUAAGCUUAGUACAUUCUCAUGAGUUUACUUUAUAAUUUUGAACACCACAUACAAAUAAUGGUAAGUUAAGUAAUUAUUCAUGGGAAAGUUCAAUAGAAGUAGUCCCGACCCAGUAUCUGUAUGGGGCGCAUUGCCGAUCAUGACACACUGUGUAUACCACAUAGCCUUAGUUAAGUUAAUGAAAUAGCUUAUUAUUAGUUAAUAGCAGUUACUGAAAAUAAUAUAGAGAGAUAUGCUUAUUUAUUUAUUGUACCAGUGUAUAAAUGCAUUGUUGAAAUUUCAUUUUGAAAUGAAAGUUAUAGUCAGAAUAAAUCCUGAAAACAAAAUUUGUUAAAAAUUGUAAUUAAAACACGAGCUAUAGUCACUAUAGCAGUGACAGCAGAUUGACAUGAACAUCUAAACCGGUUCACAAAAUGUAUAGGUUUAGUCUAUAGUAAAAAAAAUUAAAAACAUGCUCACACUUAAAAAAUUCAUAGCUAUAAAAUUGCUAAAGCUAGAAACUAAAAAGUUACUGAAGCACCUAUUUUUAGCCUACUCACUUAGACUUAGAUCUGAUUUUGUUGUAAAUGUCUACUUUAUAGUAACUAAUACUAUUUACUAAACACUUCACAUAGUAUAAUGCUAACAAGUUACUCUCACUCUAGAGUCAGGUGAUAAUAAUUCAGUAAAGAAAUAUUUUUUUAAGAAACAAAAAGGCAUUAAAGUAAAGGAGAUGGAGCUUGGCUUUAACUUUAGUAGAGAAUUAAUAAAUAGUAAUAGUCCAAAUAUUAUAAGUCUAUACUCAACUCUCUAGGCAGUCUAGGCCUAGGGUAUUAAAAUAAUGAAUACCAUAUACUUGUUCUAUAACCCAUUCAUUCAUGACAUAAGCCAACUCUUCCAAGUUUUUGUUGUUUGUGUAAUUCAUAGCAAGAACUGCAGGGGCAGUAAAUGUUUGUUUAAUUUGAAUGAGAUAAUUAAAUAUAUUUAAGGCAGUGUCUACAUGUCUGUCGCGCCGGACGUAUAUCUCCCGCAAUAUUUGUCUGAUGACCAAGUCACAUGACCGCCGGAAGAAUACUUUAUCGAGAUAUUCAUCCGACGACCAAGUCACAUGACUGAUGUAACAAAGUGGCGCGAGAUAUUUGUCCGUCAGCCUUAUCACGUUACAAGGGCAGAGAUCUAAUUUGCAAAUUUCAUUGCAAUCACACCUAUUUCAUUGUGCAAAAUUAAAAACUACACUUAUUGUUUGGGUUUUCAAUGUAAUCAAGGAUUUAUCAAGAAGGCAAAGUUUGCAUGCAUUCAAAACAUUGAUAGUUAAAUACCGGGUAUUUAAAAAAAUAUUUAGUACUUUUUUUCCAUCUUUAUAUUUUUAAAUUUACAGUUGUUCAUACUGUUGCACAGUUUUUUGGGGGCUUUUUGUUCCUGCAGGUUGGCAUGCUUGUGUUAGCUAUUUAUAUAUCAUAUGGUUGAUACAUUUGUUCUCAGAGAGCUGUCUUUGCGUUUUAAAUUUUAGUUUUUGCAAGGCUACUAACUAAGGCACAUAUUCUGGUGAGGGUCUGAGAUUACUCUCUUAUGACCCCGGCUAGUAAAUUGGCUAUCAACUCCAUCUGUUGAGCUGAGCCAUACAACAUUUCCCUCACAAAGGAUCCUCCAACCGCCCUGGCUUCCCCCGGGAGAUCUAGUGAGGGACAUUCAGUCAACAUGCAAGGCUACUAAAUUCUUUGAAAGAAUAUCUAUUUACCAAUCUUCAAUUUACUGGACAGCAGAAAAAGAGUCUUAAGCUCCUCUCCUAUUUAUUAUUUUCAGUCUCACUUAAAUUAAUCUAAUUCUUUAUUUUUCAUUUUCUAGAUUAGGCACAAAUAAUUGUGCUAUUCUCCGUUUAUCUGGACCACUUAAGAAACAGUAUGCCAAGGUAUAGACGUUAAAUUACAAUAUUUAUAUGAUUAUAAUAAUAAAAGAACCUUAAACAUUAAAAUAAAAGCCACGUAGAAUACAAAAUGUGAAGUACUAAUUUUUCAAAAUGUUUUAGGAUCAUAAUCUUGACUAUGAGCGGUUAUUGGAUGCCUCUGAAUAUAAAGAACAAUUCCGUCAAGAUAUGAUUUGUUGGGGUGAAGAAAAGAGAAAUCAAGAUCCUGGGUUUUUCUGCCGACUAGCUACAGAAAAUGAAAGUUCUCAAAAGGAGAUUUGGAUUAUAAGUGAUGCAAGAAGACAGAGUGAUGUAGAAUAUUUUAAAGAAAAUUACAGAAAAGCUGCCUUAACAGUACGAGUUCAUUCUAAUAUAGAUGUCAGAGAACAAAGAGGAUUUGUGUUUACCCAAGGUAUGGUUUAAUUACUUGUACCUUUUGUACUGUACCUUAUGUUGUGAACUAAAUUUAGGGUCGUGAAUGUUUGGUAUGGAAAAGAUGUUUGUUGUGGAGAGUAUUUGUGUAGCUGUUUCUAUUUGCUUGGUAUUUUGUGACGUAUUUGGGUAUGGGAAAUGAUGUUGUAAAUGAGUGUUAUGGUUUUGGAUAGCAGUGAUGGAGUAAUUAUAUAAUGGAGUGUUAGAAUUUCAGAGUUGUUUGUUUAAUAAAGAGUAAAGAGACAUUUGACAUGAAUCAAUGGUUUGUCAAGUAAUUGAAUUAUCCCCUAGACAAUGAAGCUAUUGAACUGUGGUAAUAUCAAGAUCUUAACACUGGAGUUUGUGAUUUAUAUUGUGUUUGUACCCCCUGGACAACAGGGAGUCCACUGCCCUCAGUAAACGUACCUACUGUAGGAGUUGUUCAUGUGCAAAGAAGGUAGAUCCUAAAGGGUGGAAGUUAUUAACGUUGGAAAGAUCAUAACACCUUAAAUUCUAAAUAAUUUUAUAGUUAAUUUAAAAGGUGAUCUUUUAAAAUAAUAAACAUAAGAUAAGAUUAGAUCUAGAUAUUUUUAUUGAUCCAAAUAAAUGGAAAUUUGUUUUUUACAUUCAUCGUACAUAUUUCCUUCAGCCCUUGAAAUGUUUGUUUGUGUUUUCCAUUGUUCCUGUAGCAAGACAUUCGGUGUGAAAGUGUGCGGUAUGAAUAACUCUUGCGUUCUUAAGUGAGAACAGUCUUGGAUUGUCGAUUGUCUUUAAAUAGUUGUUUUGAUCUUGCCAUUUGUUUACAAGAUUGUAGUCUGCAUUGCACUGCCCUAGUUGGGACUCCACAAUAUUCCAUCAGGGUUGCUGUCAUACAAUCCAGAUAGAUUGAUGAAUGUUUCUCUAUUUUAUAGGAAGACUUUACCUGAUAAUUUGAAGAAACAUGGGAUUCCAUAGAAAAUCUAUUGGUCCAUUGUUCAAGUUCACAUCUCCAGAAAUAAAUUUGAUUCUUGAUUUAGUAAUUUAUAUUGUCAGUGCUGUAACUUACAUUCUCGAUUCUGUGUCUAUAAUUGAUUCAAUUGACGCUGACUUACUGUUAACAUAUUUAUUUUCAGGAAUUGAUGACGCCGAGUCUGAAUGUGGUUUAGAUGUUGGUGUUGAUUGGGAUAUUAUCAUUCAAAACAAUGGAGACCAGCAGGAGCUUGACGAUGGCAUAAACAAGCUUUUAGAACUAGUGUCUUCCUAACCCAUGUAAUAAUGUAAUCAUUAGAAAUUUAUUUGAUAUUUUGCUUUAACUUUUAAUGUGUGUAUUCCCUUUCAUUAAUUUUGAGGGCUCUUUUUGAAGUAUAACUACCGGUAUAACUUUUUAAGGAUGUGUCUCUAGAACUUGCAACAACCUUAAACUUAAAAUUUACAAAUGAUUAAAUCUAAGUAUCUAGUCUUUCAGUAAUAGCAACAACAGAAAAUAGUGACUAUAUUUUGCUAUAUAAUACAUGUAUUCUUGUUUUAUUUUCCCGUAUGUGGUGUCUGUAAAUAAAUAAUCAAUGGUAUACUUUGAAUUUCUUUCAGUUUAAGGAUGAUAUUUUAAUUAUAGUUUUAUGGUGUUUAGCAUCCUUAAGACAAAAAUAAAAGGUUGAGAACCUGUACCCGUAUUUAUUAAGACCUAAUUAUAGUUAUAGUUAGAUUCUUUAGGCAUGUUAUUGCCUAAGCCGGAACACCCUUGUGUUCAUGACUGUCAGGUGCAUUUCUUCUUUGUGGUCAUGAGUCUGUGACUGCAAUAGCUGCCCUCCUCUCGUUUGUCCUUUAGUUGAAAUUGGUGUGGUGAUUUAUUUUUCUUUUCUGUUCCCUACCACACAAAAACGAUCGGACAAAUUUUAGAAAAAUUCUGGCUUUCCUUUACUGAUGUAAAUAUGUCUAGGCCCUUCCUUGUGGUGGGAUAUAUAAAACGUAAUAGACUGUAGCAGAGACAGACUUCAAUAGACUACAAGAGAUCAUGCCUAGAAACUCCACAUAGAGACUCAAAAUUUCUUGACUGUGCAUGUAAACAUUUAACAAAACCUCUUCCUGUAUCACUAAAUUGUAUCUUAAUCCGUAAUAUACUAGAGCUUUAAUUUAUAAUAGUUUAGGCUGCAUUUUGUUUGAGAAUUAAUGUUAUGUAUUGUUUACCCAUUGAUAAUAGAUUCAAACUGUUUUGGUACACAGUAUACGACAAGGCAUUUAAUUAAAAGAGAAAUUAAGAUACAAAGAUUUUAAUGUUAUGUUUAGUCAUGUAAACUUUUAAGUUGAAUAAUGGUUAGCAAAGUGUGUGAUUAGAAGAGUUUUCAAAAGGUUAAUAAUGUAUAUUAUUAUUAAUAUUCAAUGAAAUUGACUAAAUUAGAAACAACACUGUUUUACAAUUUAGUGACUUCCUUUGGUUUGACAUUGCAUUUUGAACUUUUACAAUAAAGUUUACUCAAUUAUAAAUAGGGACCCUGCUGUAAGGGCCAUGCUUGCAUGGGUUUGGCUAUUAAUAGUAUCCAUUGGAUUUUCUUGGUCUUUUUUAUUGCUCUUUUUGCGUUAGGUGUUGUCUUAUUUACAAUUUUUUUUUCAACAGGUUUUCCUCUUGUAUUUUUCUUCUCUAUUCUUGGUGGCUUCUUCUACGUCAGUGCUGUUCAACCUUUAUAACUACGUGGUCCAAACAUAAUUUUUUUUCUGCCACAACGAGGGCCGCAAAUAACAUCUCAAAAGAAAGAUUUUAUUUUACUUUUCCAGAAAAUUAUUCAUAUUAUUAAUACUUCUUACUUUAUUCAUUAAGAAUCAUAUAUCCUAGAACAUUAUCGGCUCAUCAAGGCUAUAUUAAUAAAAAAAAAAAAAGGAAAAAAUAAGUGUAGCCAAUUUUAAUUAUAUAUUUUGCUUUGAAUUUGAAUUGUAAUUUUUUUAAUUUGAGGUAGUUAUCAGUAGUAGUAGUAGCAUCUGUCCUCAUUAGAUUUUUGUAAAAGUUCACCAGUCAAAGCGUUACUUUUUUAGACUUUAUAUUAUGUUGGUCAUUACAGAGAAUCCAGCUUCACGUCAGUAGGGUGCUUCCAAAAAAAUGAUCAAAAUUUUGAUAAACAUUUUCAAAGUUGUGGAAAUUCAUCAGAAGAAACAUAAUCAUCCAGAAUUUAUUUAACCACCAUUCUAGAUUUAUUUAUAAAAAAAAAAAUACUUUCAAGAAUCAUUCCUACAGUCUCUCACAAUUUCUCCCUGACUGAAUUGCACUAACUAUCAACACAGCUUGUAUCCUGCUUUUGACUCAUUGGAUUUCGCUUACUCCGAUAUCUGAAUACCAGGUACUUCUCCCCAAUGUCACAACAAUAAAGGAUGGAAACACUCUCCCAUACCUGGCUAGACUAUCUGUUUAAAUAACAUGGUACCAUAAAUGGUUCACACUGCCCAUCGUAGUCAUUCAAUUGUGACAAAUUUAGUAGUCUUUUUCUGCUGAAUUAUUUUAGGGUUAUCGCUUCUUCAUCUAUUUAAGAAUUUUUGAAAUUCCAGCGUUGUUCUAAAGAUCCUUAAAGAUAUGUUCAUGUUACUAUUGUUAUUGUUUAAGAAUUGUUCUUUUUUUGCUAUCUAAGCUGCAUAUUUGAAAAUAGUCUUAAGACAGAAUCUAAGGUCAAAUCUGCUGAGUGUUUAAUGAGUUUAUUGAAAAGCAAUGGUUGUCUUUUUUGUUCUGUAUGUGAAUGGUGCAUUUUAAAGCCUUCCAACUUCCAAUGGCUGAAUUUUCAAUUUGGGUUUAAACAGAUUAACCCCAGAUUUCUACUGUUUAUGUUUUCAUCAGAUUCAUGUGGACAUCAAACAUGCAUCAGUUCUUGUUAAAACAUUCACAUUGUACAAAAUUUUUUUAACAGCAUUGUGAAAAUUUAUUUAUAAAUCUGAAUAAAUAUAUAUCAAUUGAAAACCAGGUUUUAUUAUUAAUUACUCAUUAGCACACCAUUUUUAAAU